UACAAUGCCGAAUACAAGCCAGGGCAGUGAGGGCAGUCUUGUUCUACCGACUGUGCAAUACCAAAGACCACUGAAUGACAAAGUGGUGAUAGUCCAAGUGUUUAUUGGCAUCUUCCUCUGCAUCAACUCCCUCAUGAUAGUGACCUUCUUUAAAAAAGAGGCCUUCUUUACCAACACACGAUACAUAUUCUUUGCUCACUCGCUGAUUUGUGACAGUAUGUAUCUGGCUCUGACUGAUGUAUUGCUGCUGAUGAGCUACUCCAGGGUACCAAUGCCAGGUGGGCUAUGUGUAUUUCUGAUUGUGAUCUUAGAAACCCUGACCGUUGCCACACCGCUGACACUGACAGCCAUGAGCCUGGAGCGCUAUAUAGCAAUCUGCAUGCCCCUGCACCACAGUGAACUCUCCACCCCGGCGAGGGCCAUGCGCUGCAUCCUACUCAUCCAGGCUCUCAGCUCUGUUAAAUGGAUCAUUGUGAUCUCCAUCCUCUUCUCGGCUGUACCUCUGAGCUUCUACACCUCUCUUCUAGUCUGCAGUUUCGAGCAGAUGAUUGUGUUCUCCUGGCAGGGCCACCUCAGCUCGGCUCUGUGCCAGUUCUACUUCCUGGUCAUGUCCGUAGUCAUAGCUUUCACCUAUGUGAAGAUCAUGGUGGCUGCCCGAGCUGCCUCAUCAGACAGGAGGAAGUUCACCAAUAAGGGCCUGAGGACAGUUAUUCUCCAUGGCUUCCAGUUACUCCUUUGUUUGAUUCAGUUCUGGUGUCCUAUGAUAGAAUCGGCUAUAAUGAAGAUCAAUUUGAAUGUGUUUAUUGAGGUUAGGUAUAUUGACUAUAUUAUUUUUAUUCUUGCCCCUCGAUGUCUGAUUCCACUUGUGUAUGGAUUAAGGGAUAAGGAUUUUGUGGUGGCUAUGAAAUAUUAUGCCCUGUUUGGAUAUUCUAAAAAAGUAUUUAUAUUUAAUAUGGACAAGUCCAAUGAUGUAAAGGGGAAAGAAACUCCCAUGCACACCUGUAAGGUAAAUGCGGGCCAUGUGUAAUACUGAAUUUGGUUUAUUGAAUCAAUUUUCUGUCAUCUGCAAAUGAGAGGAUGUAAAUGAGAGGAUCAAAAGGUAUCAUAUAUUUCAGGUGUUUAUGACCCAGUUUUGUUAUGGUUAUGUUAUGUUAUUUUAGGGGUGUCAAACAUUUACGGCCUGCAGAUUGAUUUCACACGUGUAAAAUCAAAGUAACUUUGUGUUAAUGUAGUUUUUUUUCACUGAUUUUUGGCCGUCCUGAUCUCUGCAGUAACAGAAAUGAUAUUUGACACCUCUAUUUGACGCCCCUUUGCUGAGUGACAGUUAGACAUUUCUAUUAAACUUCAGUAAUUUCUGUACUACAUUUGUCAAUGUUCUUUGAUUCUAUAAAAUAUAAACUGUAAAAUGUCAAUAAAAUGAAUAAUGUUUCAAACCAUA